AAUUCACAAACAAGUACUCGUAUGAAUAGGAAUACCCGCUCAUUCUUCAUCCGGGUUCUCUUAACACUCUCUUCUUCGUCUUCCUCUUCCUCUUUCUCUCUCCCCCAAAUCUUGUUCGAUUCAGCCAUGACGUUUCCUUAUCUGGAAGCCGUCGUCGGUUUCAUGAUACUGAUGUACUUCUUUGAAACCUAUCUGGAUUUGCGUCAACAUGCUGCCCACAAGUUACCAACACUCCCAAAACCUUUGGUAGAAGUGAUUAGUCAAGAGAAAUUUGAAAAAUCCCGGGCUUACAGUCUUGAUAAAAGCGCCUUCCAUUUUGUUCAUGAGUUUGUAACUAUAGUGUUAGAUUCUGGAAUUUUAUACUUUGGGAUACUCCCAUGGUUCUGGAAUAAAGCAGGAGACUUUUUAGUGUAUGCAGGCCUUAAUGCUGAAAAUGAAAUACUGCACACCUUGGCUUUCCUAGCUGGUGUUAUGAUUUGGUCACAGAUCACUGAUUUGCCAUUUUCUCUUUACUCAACUUUUGUGAUCGAAGCUCGUCAUGGGUUUAAUAAGCAAACUAUGUGGCUAUUUUUUAAAGAUAUGGUGAAGAGUAUUGUUCUUGCAGUUGUGAUUGGACCUCCUAUUGUGUCUGCAAUGAUUGUCAUUGUACAGAAAGGUGGCCCAUACUUAGCUAUCUACCUAUGGGGAUUCAUGUUUAUUCUGUCUAUUGUGAUGAUGACCCUCUAUCCUGUUCUGAUUGCUCCUCUAUUUAACAAGUUCACCCCGCUCCCUGAUGGAGAGCUAAGGACAAAAAUCGAGGACCUCGCCUCUUCACUGAAAUUCCCGUUAAAGAAACUCUUUGUGGUGGAUGGAUCGACUAGGUCAAGCCAUAGCAAUGCUUACAUGUAUGGUUUCUUCAAUAACAAGCGUAUAGUCCUCUACGACACUCUGAUUCAGCAGUGCAAGGAUGAUAAGGAGGUUGUCGCGGUUAUCGCACAUGAACUAGGGCACUGGAAACUCAACCAUACCAUGUAUUCUUUCAUUGCUGUGCAGAUUCUUACUUUAUUGCAAUUUGGAGGAUAUACUCUUGUGAGAAAUUCAACGGACCUGUUUGAGAGUUUUGGAUUUCAUGACGUACAACCUGUGCUCAUCGGUCUCAUCAUCUUUCAGCAUACCGUGAUACCUCUCCAACACCUUGUAAACUUUGCCCUGAAUCUUGUGAGCCGAUCUUUUGAAUUUCAGGCUGAUGCUUUUGCGAAGAACCUAGGAUAUUCAAAUGAGCUCAAGGCCGGUCUUGUGAAAUUGCAGGAGGAGAACUUGUCAGCUAUGAAUACAGAUCCAUGGUACUCGGCAUAUCACUAUUCUCACCCGCCCUUAGUUGAAAGAUUGGCAGCACUUGAUGUAACUGACAAGAAAGAGGAGUGAUUCGGCCGGAGAUGUACUCGGGUGUAUUUAUCAUGUAGCACACCUUUUACCACAAUAUUUGCACUGUUAGUCUGUUUACCAGACUACCACUAACUUAGACUUGUAUCUACGGCUCUACGCUCCAGAGAGUUGCUAUUUAUAGGGUUGAUCGGGAAAAAAAUGGGGUGGUUUUCGGAAUUACAUGUAUGAAUUUUGUCAUAGUUUUCAAUUUAAUGCUCAUAGUUCAUUGCUGCCUUUUUCUUC